AUGUAUUAUGGCCCUCCAGACAUCUCACCAGGCCUACAGCGGCAACAGUCCCAACACAUUGAGACCAUUACCUCGAAGCCCGACGAUGUAUUGCAACACCACCAUAAGAAAAACAGAAAGCCUCGUCUUCCUGACCCUGACUCCCUCAAGCUGCUAAAUCAAGUGACUGAUUCUAGUGUUCAGCCAUCAAGAGCCAAAAGGUCCAAGUCAUCGGGCGGUGGGCCAACACCCGAUCAACUAUCUUGGUAUGGCCCGCGCUGGAAGCGUUUUCUGGAGGAUGCUAAAGUGGAAUGUUGCGCACAACAUGCCCUCAAGAAUCUGUUUCCAGCUUUGGUAAAGAACCUACCAGGAACAAUCACCGAGGUUCUUAUCGCAAUGUUGGUCGUGUGGGAUAGGAACAGUAAGCAAUUUGAAGCUGGGGUUUGGCCUGACCAAAAGUUCAACAUGUCUCGCUUGCUGUACGAUGACCUUUCAACCUGGCGAUCAGACUUGAAGAAAACUGCCAUAAGCAUUGCACCACUAUCAUAUUCGCUCAUUCCCCCGCUUUCGGUCCCCGCUCAAGAACGUGCUACUUGGAUCGAACAUGCGGCUGCUGAACUAAUCAAAGAAUCGCUAUUCUUACGGUUUGGGGUGGACGAACAGGGGAAAACGCGAAAUUUCGCUCAUUCUGCCCUUCGUGAGGCUGCCAUCACGUUCUUUUACACAGGACCGUAUCAAAUCGCACAAAGGAUGCCAGAUAUCUUCCGUGCGCAGUUGCCGCGUUGCAAGGACUACAGCCCAAUUUACAACCGGAUGCUCGUAUUUCUCAAAGAUAUCCUCGAUGAUGCACAUCAUGGUCCAAGGCUGACAGCUCAACUGCGAGAAUGGGCUGCAGCGGGAAGGGCCGUGGCGCUGAAUCUCGAAGGAGUUGUUGAGGCGAAGCACAACCACCUGAAAAUUCUUCUCGACUAG